CGAGGUCCGACUGGAAUCAUGGAGCCCAGCAGUAUGGGGCUGAGGCCAGGGCCGUUCCUAGCCUGCGCCUGCUUCUUCACCGACAACCUGUUCGUGCCGCGGUAUGGGCUUCACCUCCGCUACCACGGGGAUCCAGAGCAGCUGCGGAGGGAUUAUGGACCGGUAUUAAGACAACGAGGCUGCAGAAGCGUGGAAGAAUUUGAGACAGUAAUCCAAGAGGUUGAAAAAGAAGUCCAGAGGAGAAAGGAAUUAGAGCACCGCUCUAGGGAAAGGAAAGCAAUAAUUUCCCAGAACUACAAGCCAAAGCAUCCACAACUGUAUACUUUACAGGAAUCAUUUCUUGCACCAGAAUUUUUAGAAACAGUCAGAUACUGCGCAUCCAAAGGUGCUGAUCUUCAAGGCCUCUUGGACCGUGUGGAAUCUAUAUCAGAUAAGAGAAUCUACCGACUGCCAGUGUUUGCCAAGGAAUUCUGUCAAGCUUUCAUUGAGGAGCUAGAGAACUUUGAACAAUCUGAGCUACCCAAAGGGAGGCCCAACUCUAUGAAUAAUUAUGGGGUUCUCUUAAACGAACUUGGGUUGGAUGAAACUUUCAUCACCUCUCUGCGUGAAAAAUACCUACAGCCCCUCACAGCUUUGCUUUACCCGGACUGUGGGGGAGGCUGUUUGGACAGCCAUAAGGCCUUUGUGGUGAAAUACGCUUUGCAGGAAGACCUGGAUUUGAGUUCCCACUACGACAAUGCGGAAGUGACUCUCAACAUUUCCCUGGGGAAAGAGUUCACCGAGGGCAACCUCUAUUUCGCUGAAUUCAGAAAGGACACCAACCCGGUGCCAAAGUACAUCGAAGUUGAACAUGUCCCCUUAUAUGGCUUGUUCCACCGGGGAGGACAAAUUCACGGGGCGCUGCCUAUCGCCUCUGGGGAGCGCUGGAACCUGAUUAUCUGGAUGCGAUCGUCCUUUGUCCGGAAUCAUCUUUGCCCCAUGUGCAACAGAGAGCCUGAAUUGGUGCAGGCAGAGGGAUUUGGAGAUGGCUUCACCAGGAGUUCUGAAAAUGUACAGCCUGAGACUGUGGAUGUGUGCUCCUUAACAUAGUGGGGUGAUGUGC